AUGGCCAGUGAAAUAGCAGGAGAGGCGGCUACCAUACCCCUAACAAAUGGCCGCCAUCCUCCAUCAAAUGAGUCCGCUGUACCCUCACCACCUGGGAAACGAAAGCGGGCUUCGACCCCCGAGGGAAAGCCAACAAAUGAGAAGAAAUCCGCCGUCAAAAGUAGUGAAGAGGAAAAGAUCGAACUAAACAGGAAUCUGCGCUAUAUUUUACAGAUCGCUGCUCAGGACGAUGAGCAUCUAUCCGUUUUCAAGACAUCCUUAACCCCCGCUUCGCCGUCAAAACCUCGGUCCAAACGCCCCAAGCUCUCGGACGAUAGCAAUACUUUGGACAGCAUCGAUGCCUGUGUCGAUGCAAAUCAAUAUUUGUCAUAUCAAGAUUUCCUGAGCGAUGUGAACAAAGCAUCAGCAGCUGUCGUUGAAAGGCAAACUGCCCUUGGCAACGAGGAUGUUUCUUUAAUACAGAUGAAAGUUGCGGCUUUGAAGGAUCGCUUAAAAGGCCUUGUCCAGCAAGCCUUGGUUCAGGGUUCUACCCAGAUCAAGGUUGAGCCUGCUUCAGACGAAUCGCCCCAAGAUGUUUUACGUCGCGACAGGAAGGUUUUGACCCUCUAUGGAGGGAGUUCGUCCAAUGCCAAACAGCUAUUCUCUAGUUUACAAAAGACGGAUGCCGAUUCUAUUUCUGAUAAACCUGCAACUUUCCCGGAAGACAGAUUGCCAAAUGGAAUCACAACUACCAGAGCCAUUCCAUUCAACCUAGAAAUGGAAGAGAAAUCGGUCAAGACAUUUGGUGAAGUAUUUGCGCCGCGCUCCACACUCCCUCCACUAGAGCCUCCACGUCGGAGUCGGCCCUGGGCGAGGGACCCAUCGAGCACCUGGAUUGACCCGUUCGACGCUAUCACAAAUUACGAUGCAAUCUUAGGACAAAGACACCAUUAUUCGUUUGCGAAACUUCCGGCUGGGUACUGGCUUCAUUAUGGUGGGGACAGUGCAUAUGCCUCAUAUUGGAAUCGACGAGAGAAGCAGGAGAGCCAGAAUGAAGAGGAAACCACCACUCAGCUUCCUCGGAGUAUAGGAGAAGAGAAAGGCCUCCUUUUUGGCGCUUAUUCCUCGUUUGCCCCGUCGUAUGAUAGUUCAUAUGCCGUUGUAGCAUCAGAUGCCAAAAACAGCAUGUGGUGGGCUAAGAGGGGCUCUAGGCGGUUCAAUACGAUGGUGGCAUUUCACAACGCGGCUCAAACAGCCGAGGAUCAGACACUUUCUGGACUCGACGAGACGACGCUGGAAGAGGAUGUCAAGUCAUUCAUUGAAAAAGGCACCCUUGAAGCUAAACCGGAAGAGACAAGCGAGACACCUUUGAAAGACAAAGAUGUUGAUGCGGUACUUCAGGACAUCGCUGAGCUUCUGCAAACUUUAGACUCUUUCCGUCGAAAUCGCAAUCUGGAACCAUCAUCGCAAGGUGAAACAAAGACCGAUGACAAGGCUGGAACUCCAGACUCUCCAUCGGAAGCAGAACUUCUUACAUACGAAACUUUGAAGUCGGGAUUAGCGGCUAUUAUAUCGAAUCUUCCUCCUUACGCGGUUGCGAAAUUAAAUGGAGAUCAAUUGGCUGACCUUAACAUCAGCCAGAAGAUCCUGGUGGAGAUGCCGAACUACAACGGUACCAUGGAGGAGGAUGACUAUACACUCAUGCAAAGGCGAAUUGCCGCGAGUGCACCUGCUGCCACGCCGUCACGAACAGGGUCUUAUCAAGCCACUCCCGGAUACAAUCAACGCUUGUAUUCUGCAAAUCCUAGGCCUCAGCAAUCAGCGGUAGGCACACAAGGUUACUAUCAGAGUCGCCCAUCAUCCUCUACUCCUUACACUCCGGGGGCAAGUACUCCACAACAAAACUAUGCCGGCAUUCGUCCACAAGCAUCUCCAUCCCAACGGCCAAGCAGUAUUCCUGCCUAUUCACCUGGACAAUAUCAUCCAAGGCCUACAUCAAACAGCUAUUUACCUUAUACCGGCCAAUCUACCACUUCGCCGGGACCAGGUUAUCAACAAAAUCCCGCGUAUGCUGCUGGAAGAAGCGCUUCACCACACAAGGCCCAUUCAUAUGCCACGCCACAAAGCGCUGCGCGUACAGCAUACCUAAACCCGGCAUCAGGGAACGCUCAGCGAUAUUAUUCACAGCACACGUACACGAAUUACCCAUCCUCAGCCACAGCGACACCGGGGCAAUACGCCAUGUCUCCUAAUGUCGCAGCGGCGUAUAGUCGCAAUACAGCCGCAGAACAAGCCAUGGCACUAGCACGACAGAAAGCUCAGCUUGACGCCGCCCGUCAAGUAUCAGGUACUCCUAAUCCAGCACAAUCUAUUGCACAAGCCUCGUCCCAGGAAAGAAGUGAGAGCCCAGCUAUGAAGCACAGUGCUACUCCUACACCAGCCACGUCAUGA